AAAUGGAAAAAUCAAAACCUGGAUAUUAUGCUGUUCGUGUAGGAAGAAGACAAGGAAUCUAUUUAACUUGGAAAGAUUGUAAGACACAAGUUAAUGGAUUCUCAAAUGCAAAAUAUAAAAAAUUUGAUUAUAAAGAUCAAGCAGAACAAUAUAUUAAAGGAGAAAAAGAAAUAAUUAAUAUUGAUUCAAAUACUCUUUAA